AUGGGGUCUGGCUGUGCAAAAAACGUCGCAGGAGAGCCUCAGCGCACCCCUGUGGGGCCCUUCGCGAGCAAUCCGCCGCCCACUCCCUUCUCCUCAAAACUGAGUUCGUCAGGAGCGCCCAACAGCAACGGCAAUGCCGCAGGCAGCGCCCGUCGAGGCACACGCAUUUCUCUGAUCCCCCAGCCUCGACCGCAGCUUGGCGCUGCAGUGCAAGGCUCAGUGACAGGCGCAGGAAAGCCUUCCAAGGGCAGAUUUCGGAGACCUUCUUCAAGUGCUCUCUCGGCUGCUUCGGCGGCUUCAGGAGCAGGAGCCAACAGCGCGCGCAAGUUGGAUGCAUGCAGUCCCCUUGCUGGCCCUUCAACGACUGCCGCCGCUCAACGGGGGCAGCAGCAAAAACCCCUCCCGGCAGGCUUCAGCUACGCCACUGGCCAUCCCCCCCACCACAUGCUGUCUGGCGAGCUGACGCGCAUCAGCCGGGGUCUGCUCUUCCACGUGCGCGUCUACGGCAUGAAGGCACGAGGUUUGGAUGCUUCUUCGCACACUACGGCGACUUCGCUGCGGCUAGAGUGGGCUGCGCCUCUCGUGGAGGAGGCCGCUCCAACGCCUCCUCAGGAGGCGUCUGCCGUUCCCCGUCACGAUGAGCACCAGCUCGGCGAGGAGCGCUCAGAAGAAGCGAAAGACCAAGCGAAAGGCGAGGAGCACUUGGAGGCUUCUGCAGACGGCAGGAACGGCGGGGAAGUGCUGGUGCUGACCACACAGCCGGCUCGGGGGCGCUCUCCCAAGUGGUUUGACUCCUUCGAGUUCACGUGGCACUCCCCUUCUCUUGCGGAGCUGCAUCGACGCACGCUGGUGUUCUCCGUCUUGGAGGUUGCAAGCCCACAAAAAGGCGCAGGGGGAGGGGAGGGGGGCCCCCCCGCCCCCGGGGGGCCCCUCCCCUCCCCCGCCUCCUGCCCUGGUCGCGUCAUAGGCAGCGGUUCUGUCUGUCUCUUCGCCGUAGCAACUGGACCGCUGCACCAUGACGUGCUGCUGCGAGCGCCUGGCGAGGCGAGUCAGACUGGCCGCCUCAUCAUGGAUGUGCGCAUGCAGCAGAUCUGUGACUUGAUCAUCAACCCCAUCGAGAUUCUCGCGCAUUUGAGCGACUCGGCGUCUUCCUCUGACGGGGGAGGGGAGGGCAGCGGCAGCGAAGAGGAGGGAUCGGAUGCUGGAGAAGAGGAUUCGCCUCUCCCCCCCCAGAAGUCGACGCACAUGGUCACAGAGGAAAGCAACAGCAGUAGCAGUAGCAGCAGAAAGCCGCAGCUCGUCGGGAGGCAAUCCGAAGUUUUCUGCAGGGCCAGAGCUUCUUCUCACCACCACCUCCACUCUUUCGCCAGUCGCUCCUACAACUUUCGAUGCGGGGAGCGACAGCGCAGACAGGCAGCAGCCGCAGCGAGUCGGGCUGCUGCUGCUGCUGCUGCUGCUGCUGCUGCUGCUGCUGCUGCUUCCCCAGCAGGAGGUUUCACAGAGGCGCUCAGCAGCGACGGGUGGGCAGGAGGCGACAGCAGCAGCCCAGACGCAGAUUCUAGGGGGCUGGCGAAGACUUUCAGCAGCAGCAGCAGCAGCGCGGAGAGCACGACAGACAGCGACGCGCCGCGCGAUCUGCACAGGGGCAAAUCAUCGCCUCCUGGCAUGGAAGAUGAGGAACCCGGCCCUCUUUCUGCGCACUGGCUCCUCUCCUUCUCUCCGACUGGCGUGGAUAACCCGCGAGACGCCUUUUCUGUUGCCACUGAAAAUGUCGAACAGCCGUACUGGAACGCAGUGGAUCACAUCCUGCUUGGUCACCGUCUCAACGUGCGCGCACUUUCCGAGGCUUCCGUCGCUUCUGCUCCCGAAGGCUUCACUGUGCCGCCAGACAGGAGGGCGGAGGCUCAGCCUGCCGUCGGCAGCAGCAGCAGCAGGAACCACUGCCUCCCCGACGCUUGCGCCUCGGGAGAAGACGCCGCUUUGACCUCCCAGAGCAGCGGGGCGGACGGCAACCAAAACGAGAACGUCGGCAAGCAGCAUGUGAACGAUGAGGAUGACAAGGAGAUACCCUUCCGAGCUGCGAAGACGGAAAUCCAGUUGACUUCGCACGAGCCAGCAUCGCUGCCGAGCGAAGCAGCUCCGCAGGCCGUUUCCUCAGCCUCCUCUUCUUUCCGCGCACCUGCUGCCGGUGCGUCUGCGCUUAGGUCUGCCGCAGGCAGCGACAUGCGCGCUGCAGUUUCCGCUGUUUGCGGAGACACAGGCAGAGGAACGGUGGCCACUUGGCGGACCGAGAGCUCGCCUCUCUCCAGGAGGUACACGCAGCGCCACCUCGAGCACUUGGACCCCAAGAGUACUUACGAGCGGCUUGCAGCUGUGGCUGCGAAGGGCGAGCUCGUGAAGGAGGUUCUGCACGACACCUUCCCGACGCUGCGCCUGUCCACGACGAUUGACCAACUCAGACAGCACUACCUGCGCAUCCGACUGCACGCGAAGGUGUUCCCCAACGACGCGCCCACCCUCUUCGGAGAGUGCUGGCUCCCCUUCUUCAAGGUGUACGACGCAGACGUCGUCACAGCCGUGCCUCGCCAGUUCUACGACUCAUACUUCCAGGAGAAGCUGUGGCUAGACGGCAAGCGCGUGGGAGUGCUGGAGGGCGUGAUCGUGUUUCAGAACAACCCCGUGGUUCGCCAGGUGUGCGCAGGAGUUCACACCGAAAAAGGCCUCUGCAGGAUCUUCCCGCCAGUGCUCGGCCAUGAGCAUCGACCUGUGUGUUUCAAGUUCAGCGGAGGCGUGCCACCUGCCAUAGCGCGCAUUGCCGCCCUCCACGAGAAGCUGCUGCACCUCAUCGCGCGAAAAACGCAGCAAAAACUGCCCGAAAGCUCCACGCCGGCGACAGCGGCUGUUUCAGCGCUGCUCGCUUCCGUCAGAAGGACCACCGAUGCAGAUCCCCAGGGCACUAAGACCUUGCAAGAGGCGAAGGCAGCGUGCGACGAGUUGCUGCAGCUGUUGAGCGCGAGCGACGCGGAGACGCGGCGGAGUUUUUUGUUUUCUUCGGAGGCUGAGUUGCUGCGGAGCCAGCGGGUACUGCUGAAUCUUGCGAAUCACACUCUGGAGUUUUUGGAUUACGUGUUUUGGCAGUGCAGGGCAAGUUACUGCGCUGUGUUAUGUGCGAUCCUGCGGAGGGGGGAGCUCGAUCUCGGAACGGUGCUGCCUGCGCGUCCCGACGCGCUUGCUGCGUUGACUCUGUCUGAAGUUUACGUGCUGUACUCCUCGAUCAAGGCGGAGAAUGCCGAGGCUGCAGCGAUGGCUGCCGCUGCAGCCUCCUCAGCGAGUGGCUGCGGAGCCUCCGCCGCUGGAGGGGGUAGUGCUCAGCAAGGCAACAGGCUUACCCUUGCUAGCGGCUUGCUGCUGCCUCGUCUUGGGGGAGGAGACGGGGAGGGUCCUCGGGGGUACUUGGGAGCUGCUUUGCAGCGCUUGAAGAACGCAGGCGUUGCAGUCGUUGCUGCGGGGGAUGCGGAAGCGGCUGUGCAUCUGGGGAGGGAGUUGACGGAUACUUCCAAGGGUCGCUUGCGGGAAAGUGAUGAGCUAGCGGCGUGGAAGUUGCAGCAUGCGGAGGCAGUGUCGCGGGAGCGCACGGAGCAGCUGAACCGCUUCGCAAAGUCGCUUUCUGCGGAAGACCGCUUCUCCGUGAUCCUGUAUCAUAAGCGGCUCAAGUUGUGCAGGCAGUUUCGUCUUCUGCUGCAGCGAGCUCUUGCAGUGGCGUUACGCAUGCUAGGUGGAGAGGCCUCUUUUGGGGGGCAGCGUCGCUUCGCGUGCCUGUUGCUUGCAGCUGCGUACUUCCGUCUGCCCGACUUUAGGAGGGAGCUGCUGCAGAGCGUCCUUACCGAAGAAGGUCGAAGCGCAUCCGUAGAGGAGUGGCGAGGCACCGACUUUCUGCUGGAUGCCGCGAGCUUGGAGGAGGCUGAGAAGUGGGGUGCUUCGAGUCCGUUGCGCGUGCUGCUGCAGUGGGAAGUCUUCCACUCGACCCUCAAGGAGUACUUUGGGGAGGGAACGCUGCAGGAAGACAUUGACGCCAUGCAGGGGAAGCUGUCUCCUGAGUCAGAUUGGCGGAAGGAGCUGAGCAUGGAGGGGAGUUCCUUCUUCGCCUUCCUCGAGCAGUGGGUACGAGCGUUUCUUCAGAGUAGCCCUCAUAAGGCCUCUUUGGACUGGCGCGAGAUCCCUGGAUAUCCCACGCUGCUGAAACGUCUGCUUCUGGAGUUGAAAGCGCGCAGUGUGACGAAGUUUCCAGAUUCUCUAGUCAACUGCACGGGUGCAAUGCUGGCGAACGAGAAGCUUUUGUCGGUGUUUCUCAAAAUCGUUUUUCUAAGAACACACGCUCACAACAGCCCGCAGGUUUUCUCUGCGUUGACGUAUCUGGACUAUUGGGUGCAGCUCCUUGCUUCGCGGGGUCGACAGCUGCCUCCAAACUUUGACUUUGCCUUCUUGCGCAAAGGUCUUCAGCUGAUCAUUGAUUCUGACUUGUAUGCGAACGUCUCUAAAGGGCUGUGGUUCGUCUACAGGAACCUGCCCAUCCUCAACGGCGAGCAGUUGGAGGCAGUGCUCACUGACCUCUGCCUGAGAACGCACGGCGUGCGUCUGUUUCUGCAUUGGGCAUGGAUCGUCCGUCGAGCGUUCAUGUGGGUUCUGCUGUAUCGCCUCGUCGAGGGCAUGCGCAGAGUAAUCGGCCGCAUCACUGGAGUCGAGCCGUCUUUCAAGCUGCUCCACGAGAACGCCCCUCAAGGAGCGAGCGCAGCAGUUCAGCUUCCGCAGAACCCACAGCGGCAGGCGGAGGAAGCCUCGUUGCUGCCGCGACGCGUCUCGUUGUCUACUGAAGAGGCCGUCGUCAUCAAGGGACAUACCAUCUUUGUGGCUUUCUUGAAUGCCUUGUCUAUCGAGGAAAUUCUGCCUCCGAGCGCAGUUCGCGCUGCGGAGAAUUUGGCCGUGGGUGUCAGCAGAGACUCCGCGCCGCAUGCGCGGGGAGGGGUUCCCGGCGGCAGUGCCGCACCAUCCGCAGCGGGAGCAGCAGCGUGUCAGCCGUUCGACGGGAAUAUGAAUCUUCCUUCGCUGCAGGUCUACAAACGGCAGUCUGUUGCUGAGUUUCGGAAUGAAAUUGCGCAGUACAAAGCGUGGGUACGCGAGGGAGCGGCGUCUCUCCCCAUGAUGGUGAUUCCUAGUGCUCCUCUGGAUGCGAAUACCGAUGUGCCUCUUGAGGGGUGGCAGUAA